AUGCUAGAAUUGUCUGGAUACUCAACUUUAGUGAGGCUGACGUUUGACAAUCGUGGGAGGUUGAAGGAAAUAGACAGCUCCGUUGGAAAGUCAACGCACUUGCGUGAACUGAAUAUCACCGAUUGUGAGAUCAUUGAGCAUGUGCGUGAUGAAAUUGGAGUGCUAGCGAAGCCUGAGCGCUUCUCUUUGCGUGGCUCCUACGGUGUGAGCAUACUCCCCACCUCUAUCGGCGACUCGGCAUCAUUAAAGAAGCCGGACCUUUCAAUUACUCGAAUUGGAAGCCUACCGGAGUCCGUCGGAAAGCUACGGUGUUUGUCAGAUCUCUUCCUACAAUUCUCGGGAAACGCUGAAAUUCCCGGUGCAAUUGAAGUGUUAGUAACGCUGCAACAUCUUCAUCUGGCGAGGGAUGAGAUUAAACAACUUCCAGACUUCAUUGGACAAAUAAAUUCACCGUGCACCCUGAAUUUGUCAACUAAUGGUUUGCUUAGCUCAAAUUCCAGUCAAUGGAAGUUACCCAAAGCCAUUGGACAGUGGGAGAAACUAGAGGAGCUUUAUCUUGGUCGUUCUAAGGAGUUGGAAGGCGAUAUCCUCGAUGAGGAAAUAGACAGCUCUGUUGGAAAGUCAACGCACUUGCGUGAACUGAAUAUCACCGAUUGUGAGCUCAUUGAGCAUGUGCGUGAUGAAAUUGGAGUGCUAGCGAAGCUACGAGCGCUUCUCUUUGCGUGGCUCCUAUGGUGUGAGCAUACUCCCCACCUCAUCGGCGACUCGGCAUCAUUAAAGAAGCCGGACCUUUCAAUUACUCGAAUUGGAAGCCUACCGGAGUCCGUCGGAAAGCUACAGUGUUUGUCAGAUCUGUUCCUACAAUUCUCGGGAAACGCUGAAAUUCCCGGUGCAAUUGAAGUGUUAGUAAAGCUGCGACAUUUUCAUCUAUCGAGCGAUGAGAUUAAACAACUUCCAGACUUCAUUGGAGAAAUAAAUUCCCCGUGCACUCUGAAUUUGUCAACUAAUGGUUUGCUUAGCUCAAAUUCCAGUCAAUGGAAGUUACCCAAAGCCAUUGGAUAG